UCGUUCUCGGAGACUUUUUUGGCGCUGGUUGCGGCUUCGGAGAGGACGGCGGCCGAGAGGCAGGGCGCGUUUUGGUUCGCGCGGAUCCCGGCGUCGUGAUGCGGUACAACGAGAAAGAGUUGCAGGCGCUGUCCCGUCAGCCGGCCGAGAUGGCGGCCGAGCUGGGCAUGCGGGGCCCCAAGAAGGGCAGCGUGGCCAAGCGGCGGCUGGUGAAGCUGGUGGUCAACUUCCUCUUCUACUUCCGCCCGGACGAGGCCGAGCCCCUCGGAGCCCUGUUGCUGGAGCGCUGCAGAGUGGCCCAGGAAGAGCCCGGCGGCUUCUCCAUCAGCUUUGUGGAAGACCUCAGCAGGAAGUAUCACUUCGAAUGCUGUAGCCAAGAACAGUGUCAGGAGUGGAUGGAGGCGCUUCGCCGGGCCAGCUACGAGUACAUGCGGCGGAGCCUCGUCUUCUACAGGAACGAGAUCAGGAAGAUGACAGGCAAGGACCCCUUGGAGCAGUUCGGGAUCUCCGAGGAGGCCAGAUUCCAGCUGAACAGCCUGCCUCGAGACGGGCGGACUGCUUGCAUUGGCUCCCAGCUCCAUGUGUUGGAUUGACCUUCACCAGCCCCGUGGCUAUCUCGGGAGGUGUUUUUUUAAAAACAUCUGUUCAUAGUCAGAGGAGGUGGCAGGGGCUGUGGUCCCUGCUCCAGUGCCAUCUCCCUGCCCGUAUCCUUGAGUGCCCCCACCCAGGGACUGAGCCUGGCCAGCUUCCCUGUCCAUUACCAGGUGAAUGUAUAAUGCUAGGUAAAGCUGUGAACCCUCUCCUGCUGAUGGAGCAGGCCACAGUGCUGGCCUCCAGUGCUGAGCCUGCCCUUUAAUAAAGGUACCUCUUUUCCAA